CAAGACACGCGCUGCAGUAAAGUUUGUCACACGAUUGAGCGCAACAAAAAAGCUCUAUCAGCUCGCGUGGAACAUGUGCACAUGACAUGUGAUGAGGAUAUUUCUCUUCUGUGGACUUUUUCCGACCCAGUGGAAGAAGCAGAGUUGAAUUGAGCCAAACUUCCUUCAGCCAAUGUGAACUAAUAUUUCCCCCUCAACGGCAAGGCGAGUUUUCAUAGUCAAACAGUUGCCGUCAACCCCAGAGAAGAGAGUGACAAUUCAGAUUUUGUAGUGCGUCGCCACCCUGCCAUGUGGUAAUCAUCUGUACAACACAACAAGAUACUUGAACAACAGCUUGUGUCGCUGAUCUCAUCUACACUAGUGCACCUGCAAAGCUCACAUGGCCCACCCUUAUGAACCCUGGCUUCGGACAGCACCAUCUAGUGGUAGCACAGACGACAUGCCCAUCCCUUCCUGGUGGGACUUCCAGAGGGAUAUUCAGUCUGGGAACUGGAUUGACCUCCACACAGGGCAAAGUGCUGACUUACCGUCUGUGAGUCCAGGCUGCAACAUGGGUCUGCAGUCCUCUUUAGGCUCCUACAGUUCCGACCCGCAAAUGUGCUCCCUACCUCUGAGUCAACAUCUACCAGCUUCACACUCACCUCACCUCUUCCCUCCCGAUGGCUUCAAGAUGGAACCACUGGCACCUGAUAUCUUGCAACAAGAACCUUAUGCACUGGAAGAGCCACGGGUGAAUGUGGUUUUGGCCCGGCCAAAGUCCCAGAGACGUUCUUCUUCCAGAGGUACCGGCCAGGCAGCGUGUCGGUGUCCUAACUGUGUACACGCUGAGCAGAUGGGCCACAGCACGGAUGACAGCAGGAGGAAGCACAUGCACAACUGUCACAUCCCUGGCUGUGGUAAGGCCUACGCGAAGACCUCUCAUCUGAAGGCCCACCUAAGGUGGCACAGCGGGGACCGGCCCUUCGUCUGUAACUGGCUCUUUUGCGGCAAGCGUUUUACACGUUCUGAUGAACUGCAGCGACAUUUACAGACGCACACCGGUACGAAGAAAUUCAGCUGUGCGUUAUGCCCUCGGGUGUUUAUGCGCAGCGAUCAUCUGGCCAAGCACAUGCGCACGCAUGAGUCCCCAGCGGGGCAUGGAGAAGAGAGUGUGAAUGGAGAGGGCAAGGGCUUUGAUUCCCCCACACCUCCACAGUCAUCGUCAAACAUGUCUGCACCUGACACCAUCGAGCCUCCACUCAAGCUGAAAUGCGAGACAGACCCCUCCAUCUCCAGUGUAACUGGCUAGUCUGGUCCGGCUAAUUUCAUUACUUUCUGAAUCAAGUUUGAUCUAAAAGGAGACACCAUCCAUUGCACUUUCAGUUCUAUAAUUGAGCUGCAUGAGUUUGACGCAGACUAAGACUUAGAAGACUAAACAGAUGGAUCAGAACGUGUUCUUCUGUGGUUCAGUAAAUUAUUGAUAUUAAUGGGACUAUCAACUCAGUGAUUUACGACUACACUAAAAACAAUGGUGGAUUGAAUGUACUCAAUUUUAUCUUGUCGAGUGGUUGCACAUAAUUUUGGUAAACAGGCGCAGGUCUACUUCCGGGUGCAGGCCAUCGAACGCGAGUUUGGUGUAUUUGAUUGACGGUAUUGUGUAUUGGGGUGAUGCUUUUCCUUGCCGCAUUGUCGGGCACGGUGGACUCGGAUAUGAGCUUCGACCGCCCAGAAUGAAAACAGGGCCCUAUAUGUUUAUGUUGAUUCAAAUACAUUUUAAAAGUAGAUUAGGACUACUGCUCUACUUAAAAAAUGUUUUAUCCAGAUGCUUUUAUUUUGUGCAACCACUUGAUGAAAUAAAAUUGAGUAAAUUCAGUACAUCAUUCUUUUUCAGUGUCCAUAUUUAUGGGAACAGUGUCAACAUGAUAGAAAACCAAGACUACAUUCUACAAGAAAAGUUUUAAAAACUAUAACUUCUUUUUUGUUUGUUUAUGGAGAAUAGGGUUAGAGAAUAACUCCCCCUGUCUGGAUUUAAACAAAAAAUAAAUGGGUUCUUCCCUAUGCACAUAUUCUAUGGAA